GGCUUUGCUUGGGUACUGCAGCAUCUGCCUCACUCCACUGUGAUAUCCCUGUGAGGCAGCUGCUUGCUGAUGCAGCAAUACCUUGGAUUAUAGGAGUACUGCAUUUUCACCGGCAACAGGAAGAUCACUUCUAAAUAUUUAAAUCGAGAAUUGCAUCACGCGGCAUCUGGCGUAAGGAGAGAAGCAAGGAAUAGGCUGGCAUUGUGUAAUUAAGCUCCCAACACUACUUUCUGCCCAUGUCCUUCUACCAAUGCCUGGACGCUCUCCAUGUCUGUUCAGCCAGGCCCCUCUCCUGGCUUCCCAUAUGGUCAGAGGGGAGAGGUUGAGCUACCAGUUAAAGGGACACAGGUCUGUCCCCUCCACCCUGCAAACAUGCAGGUAAACCGACCCAGGAGCACUGCUUACACCUACCCACCAUCAAGCCCCCGAGAGGAGCCAGGGUCCUAUGCCAAGCAAUACCAAACCAGACGCUUCUCAUAUCAUAUUGGAGGAGCCCCAGCAGGUCCCGUUGCCCAUACCCAGCAAAAUGAAGGGCCCCAGCCCAAGCCUCAAGUGCUUGUUAAAAGCCUCUCCUUGGAGCCGGCUCAUAUCCCAAUACACCCAGAGAAACCCCAGAGGCUCCGAUCUGAUCCUGGAAACUCCUCCGACUGUAAUGGGUCCGUCCCAGAUCCCUGCAACUCCAAGCCGACACCUCCCAGACGUCCAGCUCACACCAAACCUGAAGUUCCUCCAAAGCCCGCACAUCUCCAGAGCGUGAGGAGACCCCGGACUCCAGGUCAUAUUCCGCCACCCCCUUCGCGUCCCUUGCCAGCAGACCCCCGACUCUCCCGGGCAUCCCUGCGUGUGGACAAGGAUGGGACCCCCUCAGCAGUUACCUCCUUGAUUGAGAAAUUUGAGAGGGAGCCAAUCAUCCCACCUGAACGCACUUAUACAGUCAACGACUCCGACGGCCACACCGAGGUCAACAUCGGACCCUCUCAACACUCUGGCUACAGCAUGGGAGAGCUGGAGAACAAACUCUUGGAUCUUCUUGAGCCAGAUGCUUCCCAGGCUAGUCUGGAGAGGAGGCGAAGACUUUUGGUGGGAGGGGGAGAUGCAGAAGAAAGGGGUGAACAGGACUCCUUAGGAAAAUUGGCAAACAGGGACAGUGGAAUUGACAGCAUCAGUUCUCCAUCUACCAGCGAGGAGAUGUGCUUCCUUGGGGAGGUGGAGGAAGGUGGGCGAGAGGAGAUGGAGCCCCCACAUAUUACAGCUGAGCAUGGCUCUACUCGUGACUCAGAGGGUGAUAGUGACAUGGAGGAUGGCAGUGGGGCAGAAGAAGAGAUGCCUCUCGAGAGGUUAGACCCAUGCAAGUUCACAGCACGCCAGAAAGCAUAUAACAUCGCUAAUGAGCUGCUGCAGACUGAGAAAGCCUACGUGUCCCGCUUACAUCUCUUGGACCAGGUGUUCUGCGCUCGGCUGAUGGAGGAAGCCGGAACAAAAGGUUCUUUCCCUAUGGAAGUAGUUAUGGGGAUUUUCUCCAACAUCUGUUCUAUAUAUUGCUUCCAUCAACAGUUCCUUCUACCAGAGCUGGAGAAACGCAUGCAAGAGUGGGAUACCAAUCCUUGGAUCGGGGACAUCCUGCAAAAGCUAGCUCCAUUCCUCAAAAUGUAUGGCGAGUAUGUGAAAAACUUUGACAGAGCCAUGGAGCUUGUGAAUACAUGGACAGAGCGAUCAUCCCAGUUCAAAAGCAUCAUCCAGGAGGUGCAGAAGGAGGAGGCCUGCGGUAAUCUGACAUUACAGCACCACAUGCUGGAGCCUGUCCAGCGGAUCCCGCGGUAUGAGCUGCUUCUCAAGGACUAUCUCCAGAAACUGCCGGAGGAUUCCAGAGACCGCAGAGAUGCAGAAAAGUCUUUGGACCUGAUAGCAACAGCAGCUGAACACUCCAACGCAGCAAUCAGGAAAAUGGAGAGGAUGCAUAAACUCCUUAAAGUCUAUGAGCUGUUAGGCGGUGAAGAGGAUAUUGUCAGCCCCACUAAUGAGCUCAUCAAGGAGGGACACAUCCUGAAACUCUCUGCAAAGAACGGGACCACCCAGGACAGAUACCUCAUUCUGUUCAAUGACCGUCUGCUCUACUGUGUCCCUAAACUGCGUCUGAUUGGUCAGAAGUACAGCGUGCGAUCCAGGAUUGACAUGGAUGGGAUGGAGCUGAAACACAGCAGCAGCCCCAACCUGACCAGAACCUUUCUAGUGUCGGGAAAACAGCGAUCCCUGGAGCUCCAAGCAAGAACCGAGGAAGAAAAGAAAGAUUGGAUUCAGGCAAUUGAAACCACCAUGAGUUGUCACGAGCAGACCGUCGAGCAGUUCAAACUGCUUAAUUCCUCUCAUCGCGAAGAUGAAGAAACUCCCCCCAAUUCACCGAACACAGACCUGGGUAAGCGAGCGCCAACGCCAAUAAGGGAGAAGGAGGUAACCAUGUGCAUGAAAUGCCAAGAAGCUUUUAACUCUAUAACCAAAAGGAGGCACCACUGCAAAGCCUGCGGCCAUGUGGUUUGUGGAAAGUGUUCAGAAUUUCGCGCUCGCCUGGUCUAUGACAACAACCGAACAAACCGUGUGUGUAUAGACUGUUACACUGCCCUACGUGGUUCUGCGUCCAGCCCAGGUUUCAGCACUCACACACCUCAACGCAGGAAAUCCAUCUUAGAGAAACAGGCGUCGGUAGUAGCAGAGCACAGUAUAUUGUGCAGUUACAUGCAUUACAUGGAGAAAGGUGCGAAGAGCUGGCAUAAAGGCUGGUUCGUCAUCCCUCAGAACGAGCCAUUGGUGCUGUACAUCUAUGGAGCUCCACAGGAUGUAAAGGCUCAAAGGAGCAUCCCUUUAAUUGGCUUUGAGAUAACCCCGACAGAACAGUGUGAACGCUCCGAUCGCAAACACGUCUUCAAGAUCAGCCAAAGCCAGCUCAGCUUCUACUUCAGCCCCGAAACCGAACAGCUUCAACGCCGUUGGGUGAAAGCGCUGUCCCGAGCGGGACGAGGGGAGGAUUACAAUGCCAAACACUUACUCCUGGAGACCGAGGAAGAAAACGAAGGUACCGGAGAGACGCUAGGGGACACUUGAGGAUCAAUCCACUACACCUCCCUUUUGGAGACACCUAAGAAGGACGGUUAGACAAAUCCAUUCAUCUUCAAUAGGGGACUAUUGUAAAUGUGAGGCUGGACUUGCCUAUCAUGGCUUCACACGGGGAGGGCUGGACUCACCCAUAGUACUUCCAUGUUCAACAAA